AUGACAUCCGAGAAUGGCUUUGUGCAACCUGCCAUCCCGAGACUCGAUGGGCACUAUGAUCACUGGAGCAUGCUUAUGGAAAACUUUCUACGUUCCAAGGAGUAUUGGAACCUGGUGGAGACAGGGAUCCCUGCAGCCGCAGGAGGAGCUGACUCCAGUGAUGCGCAGAAGAAGGCACUGGAGGAGCUGAAGCUGAAAGACUUGAAGGCCAAGAACUAUUUGUUUCAGGCCAUUGAUCGUUCAACCCUGGAAACGAUCUUAAAGAAGGACACGGCGAAGGACAUAUGGGAUUCUUUAAAGCAGAAGUAUAAAGGAACUGCACGUGUGAAGCGUGCUCAGUUGCAAGCACUUCGAAAGGAGUUCGAAGUAUUGCAUAUGAAGGCUGGAGAAACUGUCAAUGACUAUUUUGGGAGGACACUCACCAUAGCCAAUAAGAUGAGGGUGCAUGGAGACAGAAUGGAAGAUAUAGUGAUCAUUGAGAAAAUUUUGAGGUCUAUGACUUCAAAAUUUGAUUAUGUUGUCUGUUCGAUUGAGGAGUCGAAUGACUUGGAUACUCUAUCUAUUGAUGAACUUCAGAGCAGUUUGCUUGUGCAUGAACAAAGGAUGGGUCGACAUGUGAUGGACGAACAAGCUCUCCAAGUUACCGUUGGAGUCCAACAAGGAGGAAGAAGUGGUGGUCGUGGCUCCUAUCGAGGAAGAGGAAGAGGAAGGGGUAGAUUUGGGUUCGACAAAUCUAUCCUAGAAUGCUACAACUGUCACGAGCUAGGACACUUUCAGUGGGAAUGUCCUAAGAAGGCUAUGGACUCAAAGGCCAAUUUCGCAGAAACAAAUGAAGAAAUGCUACUAAUGGCGCUGGUGAAUGCAAAGGAAGCUGAGAUGGAACAUAUUUGGUUUCUUGACUCAGGUUGUAGCAACCAUAUGUGUGGGAAGAAGGAAGCAUUUGUUGAAAUAGAUGCCAAUUUCCGAGAGUCAGUCAAGCUGGGAAACAACUUCAGUCUUAGUGUGCAUGGCAAAGGCAAAGUACGAAUGGAGGUGCAUGGGAUUGUGCAUGUGAUUACAGAUGUGUUCUUUGUACCUGAAUUAAAGACUAACUUGCUGAGUAUCGGUCAACUACAAGAGAGGGGACUUGCAGUGCUAAUUCAACAUGGAAAGUGUAAGAUAUUUCACCCUGAGAAAGGUCUCAUUCUUGAAACAGAGAUGACACACAACAGAAUGUUUGCCUUGGUUGCACACUAUCCGGCAAAGGAACAAAGCUGUCUCUCCAUGACAACCACAGAUCAAGCUUAUCGCUGGCAUUGUCGAUAUGGACAUCUAAGUUGGAACGGACUGAAGGUGCUACAACAAAAGAAUAUGGUUGAGGGGCUGCCAAAGCUCAAAGCUUCUCAGAACGUGUGUGAAGGCUGCCUUGUUGGGAAGCAACAUCGUGACUCUUUUCCUAGGGAAAAUGAAUGGAGAGCCUCAAAGAUCCUUCAAAUGAUACACGCUGACAUUUGUGGUCCCAUAAACCCAAUCUCAAAUAGUAAGAAGAGAUAUUUCAUCACUUUUACUGAUGAUUAUAGUAGAAGAACUUGGGUUUACUUUCUGGUGGAGAAAUCAGAAGCCUUCACUGUGUUCAAAAUGUAUAAAGCCAAAGUGGAGAAGGAAACAGGAACAUUCAUAAGAGGUUUGAGGACGGAUCGAGGAGGUGAGUUCACAUCACAUGAAUUCACAGAUUUCUGCAAUGAGAAUGGCAUUCAUAGGCAGUUGACAGCUGCCUACACGCCUCAGCAGAACGGGGUUGCUGAACGGAAGAAUCGAACCAUCAUGAAUAUGGUUCGAUGUAUGCUGUCAGAGAAGCAGAUUCCAAAGACCUUCUGGCCUGAAGCAGUGAAUUGGGCAGUUCACGUGCUGAAUCGAAGUCCAACCCUUGCAGUAAAAAGUAAAACACCUGAGGAAGCAUGGAGUGGGCGCAAACCAUCAGUGGAGCACUUUCGGGUCUUUGGUUGCAUCUCUCAUGCACACGUACCUGAUAGCAAAAGAUUGAAGCUUGAUAACAAAAGCCUCAAAUGUAUACUGUUGGGGGUAAGUGAGGAGUCCAAAGCCUAUAGAUUGUUUGAUCCUAUCUCGAAUAAAAUCACUAUAAGCCGAGAUGUAGUGUUUGAGGAAGAUCAACAAUGGGAUUGGGAUGACAGUCAUGAGCAAGCUAUUUUAGCUGACCUUGAUGAAGAAACAGGUACUGAAGAUAAAGGAAAUGAAGAAGAAGAUCAAGUGAAUGAAGGAGAAUCUGAUGUGCAAGAGUCAGAGGGUGAGAAUUCCCUUGAAUCUGAAGAUACCACAAAUGAAGGCAAUACAACUCAAGAGGGAAGAGCUCGAAGGCCACCAAUUUGGAUGAGAGACUAUGACACUGGUGAAGGUCUCUCUGAUGAAGAAGGCAUGAACUUGGCUCAUCUAGCCUUGUUUACUAAUGACGAUCCUACUAGCUAUUGUGAAGCCGUGAAGAGUGAGAAGUGGAAACAAGCAAUGGAUAGAGAAAUAGAAGCAAUAGAAAAGAACAAUACAUGGGAACUGAUUGACUUACCAUCAAGGGGAAAAGUUAUUGGAGUCAAAUGGAUUUUCAAGACAAAAUUGAAUGAAAAUGGGGAGGUCGACAAGUAUAAGGCUCGGCUCGUCGCGAAGGGAUAUUGCCAACAAUAUGGAGUGGAUUAUUCUGAAGUAUUUGCACCAGUGGCACGAAUGGAUACAAUUCGAGUAGUUAUUUCUAUUGCUGCACAAAGAAGUUGGAAGAUUUAUCAACUCGACGUCAAAGCAGCUUUCUUGCAUGGAGAGAUCAAUGAAGAAGUUUUCGUUGAGCAACCACUUGGAUAUGUACAGAAAGGAAGCGAAGGCAAGGUUUAUCGUCUCAAGAAGGCACUAUACGGGCUCAAGCAGGCUCCACGAGCAUGGUACAGUCGAAUAGAGGCAUAUUUUAUCAAGGAGGGCUUCAGCAAAUGUCCCUUUGAGCACACAUUGUUUAUCAAGACAGCCAAAGCAGGUAAAAUUUUGAUUGUAUGCCUAUAUGUUGAUGAUCUCAUAUUCACUGGGAAUGAUGAGGUGAUGUUUGAGCAAUUUAAGAGAUCCAUGAUGCUAGAAUUUGAUAUGACUGAUCUCGGAAAUAUGAGAUACUUUCUUGGCAUUGAAGUAAUACAGAAACCAGAUGGUAUAUUUAUGUGUCAACGUAAGUAUGCACAAGAAGUGUUAGACAGGUUCAACAUGGGUCAGUGUAACUCAGUGCAUAACCCUAUGGUUCCUGGAUUCAAACUCACUCGUGAUGAAGGGGGAGCCAAAGUAGACAGCACGCUUUAUAAGCAAAUGGUUGGGAGUCUUAUGUACUUAACAGCUACACGACCUGAUCUUAUGUACACUGUAAGCCUAAUCAGCAGGUAUAUGGAGCAUCCUACUGAGACUCAUUUGUUGGCAGCUAAAAGAAUUUUAAGAUACGUGAAGGGAACUAUUGAUUUCGGGGUGUUCUACAAGAAGGGAGGAGAUGGAGAGCUCAUUGGCUAUACGGAUAGUGACUAUGCUGGUGAUCAAGAUGACAGAAAGAGUACUUCAGGCUAUGUAUUUAUGAUGAAUUCAGGAGCAGUAUCAUGGUCAUCGAAGAAGCAACCAGUGGUCACUCUCUCUACUACUGAAGCAGAAUUCAUUGCUGCUGCUUCAAGUACGUGUCAAGUGGUGUGGUUAAGAAGAAUUUUGAGUUGCUUGAAUUUGAGGCAAACUGGUCCAACAGUGGUUUAUUGUGAUAACGUCUCAACCAUUAAGCUUUCAAAGAAUCCAGUAAUGCACGGUCGUAGUAAGCAUAUAGAUGUAAGGUUUCAUUUUCUUCGAAAUCUUGUUAAAGAUGAAGUAGUGGAGCUGCUGCAGUGUUCUACUCAGGAGCAGAUUGCAGAUGUAAUGACGAAGCCACUGAAACUUGAAGUUUUUCAGAAGCUGCGAGACUUGAUGGGUGUACGUAAAUGGCCUGGAAUAAACUGA